AUGGUUCUGAAAGUCAUGAAAGCUGCAUCAAAAAUGGCGAAAACCCUCCCUCCACGACUUUCCAGUCCAAACAAAAUCCAUCUCAAAAACAUUUCGCAACUCUCUCCGGUCGGAUUUUCCGACCCGAAACUCGGAACCCUUUUCAUUCACAGAGAAGAAGAAGACCCUGUUUUCAUGGUCGCAAAUUUCAACAACAUCAUCACUGAUCAUCUUUUCAACGUACUCCAUUCGGAUUCCGAUUCCGAUUCCGAUUCCCCGCAGUUCUUCAUUCCCUCCUCGUACAGCAAUCCCUGCCUCGAUCUCUUCUUCCACGUGCUUGUCCCCCAUUCCGAUUCCUACUCCCAUUCCUACAGGUAUCUCAAGCAGCUCCUUCCCUUGGCAUGGUCACACAGUCCACUGACCACCCUCAAGCUCAUUUGCAACCUCCGAGACUUGUCCAACGAUCUCGGAAAGGCUGACGAAGAGGCCUUCUAUGCUGCCGCCUUUUGGCUCCACCAGCACCACCCCAGGACCCUUGCCUGCAACCUCGCCUCCAUUGCCAAAGGGCAAGACGUUAGGAGGAGAAAGAAGAAGAAUAACCAGCACAACCACCACCGCCAGGAAAAGGCUGCCGCAGCUGCGGCCAGGAAGAAGGCUGUGGAGAGGUACGAGAGGGACCUGAAUUAUCGAUUCUUGCACGACAAGGUAUCGGAUCUUUUCGCGAAGCAAUUGAAGUCCGACAUUGAAAAGUUGAAGAAGGGGGACAUUUGUGAGAUAAGCUCGGUGCCGUAUUUCUGCCCCUCCGUGGAUUCUUCCAUGGACCGCGCCACAUUGCUAGUCCGAGACCGCCUUAGGAAGGAGGUUUUGGUGCCGUUGACGUUCGCCUUGGAUUAUUCUCAGGGCUUUGAUUCUUCGGCAAAGCCCUGCGCAGUUAAGGAGUACUUGGAGGAGGUGAAAGCCAGUGGCAAGGCCAAGAUUGCGGCAUGUGCUCUGCUUCCGAAUGAGAUCGUAGAAUAUGUGAAUAACCACGGUGUUGGGCAAGCAGCAGAGCUUCAGUGGAAGGCAAUCGUGGAGGCGAAAGUAGGAAAGCUGGAAAACUGCCUGGCUGUGUGUGAUGUGUCGCCUUCUUCCAUGGUGGGGAUCUCCGCGGAUGUUUCAGUUGCGAUGGGGCUGCUAGUGUCCGAACUGAGUGAAGAGCCGAGUUGGAAAGGAAAGGUGAUCAAUUUCAGUCCGAAUCCCGACCUGCAUUUGGUACAAGGCGAUGAUCUUAAGUCCAAGUGCGCGUUUGUGAGGAGAUUGGACUGCGGUGAGCAUAUUGAUUUGCGGAAGGUGUUUGAUUUGAUUUUGGAAGCGGCUAUGAAUGGGAAUUUGAAGGCGGAGCAGAUGAUCAAGAAGGUGUUUGUGUUCACCAAUACAUACUUUGAUUGUGCGUUGUUCAAUAGUAACAAUAGUACCCGUUGGGAGAGCAAUUACGAGGCAAUACGAAGCAUGUUUAAGGAGAAAGGGUACGAGAAUGCAGUGCCGGAGAUUGUGUAUUGGAAGGUUGACACCCUGGUGGCGCCUUGCACGAAACCAGGGGUGACCAUCUUCGGCGGCUUCUCCAAGGAUUUACUCAGGUUGUUCUUGGACAAUGACGGGAAAGUUAGCCCGUACCAUGUCAUGGAAGCAGCAUUAUCUCCCAAAGAGUAUCAAAAUCUUGCUGUAAUGGACUGA